AUGGCUAAAUCUACGAGGAUUAGGCCAGUUGUAGAUGCCAGGAUACUCAAUUUACGAGCACCAGUCGCAUCGAGCCGUAAGCACAGCAUCGGUCGUAUUACUCAGCAGUUACGUUCCAUCAUUACGCCGUCUGUGGAGAUUCGCCAAUACGAUUUGGCGAAGGCCUUUUAUAGGCUCGCCAUUGUGAGGCCAGUCUAUAUCAAUUAUGGUCGUGGUAUAGAAAUGAGGAGCUCUCGCCUAACCUUCGGGCUGGCGAUAGGCCCAGGGGCCUUAGAGCACUCAUUGGACCUACUAUGGAGUAUACUCGACCGAUUCCACACUUUGGUGCGUACUCUCAGAGUGAUGGACGAUAUCGUUGUGGUGUCGUCAAAAGUACACUUGGAUGAGUUCGAGGCUACACUCUAUAAAGUGUUGGAUUUGGCGGGGUUCGACAUUCCGUAUGAGAAGAAAGCUGUAUGGAGAGAUGAGUACUCCAAGUGGCUGGGUGCUUACUGGGCGUGGGACGGCUGUGUCUUACGCGUGAAGCCACCGGUGAAUAAUUUUACGGUUUCCACUACUAAACGUGAGGUCUUUCGUCAAGCAGGUCGCUUCCUAGAUCUACGUCAAUCGUUAGAAGAAGUACAGGCUCGAGCGCAUUGUGAUUGGGCCCGUCGAGUGAGUGGGUCCCAGAGUAUAGCUUUCGAUGAUGUGUUGCCUCCUGACAUCAAGAAGGAGGUGAAUAAGCAUUUAAAUGCUGCUGUAGAAUCAUGA